AACUUGUUACAUUUGAUAAAAUGGAUGUCCGACCACUCUUCUUAGUAGAACAGAGGAAGAAAACUUUCAAGAACUGGCCGUUCGACGAGAAGAAAAAGUGCAACGUAAAUAAUAUGGCCGAAGCUGGUUUUUACUCGGUGGCCACUGGAGCUGAUGAUGCUGACGCUGCCAAGUGCUUCCUGUGCGGCAAGGAGCUGGACGGCUGGGAGGCCAGCGACGACCCCUGGCUGGAGCACAAGAGCCACGCCGCCAAAUGUGCCUUUGUGCAAAUUGGCAAGAAUGAGGAUGACUUACUGGCACCGGAGUUCCUGUCCAUUGUGAAGCAGUACAUGAUGAAUGAGACCAGUCGAGUAGAAGACGUGGCGAUCGGGCAGAUAGAUGACAAGUGCAAGCUGGUGAAGAGAAAGUGCUUGCGGGCAAAAUGAACAUUAGUUUUAAAUAACUUUACUGAUACUAGUAUUAAUUUAGUGUGUUUGAUUUUAAAUAUAAGAUUGGUAUGUAGUUUU